UUCUUUCUUGUGACAACUCUCAAGCAUCAAGGUUCAGCCAACUCAAAGUCAGGUCACUUCUCUACGUAGGAGGUGAUUAAAUUGUGAUUAGUCGUGAUUAACUCACCCCCUGGAGCUAUAAAAGGCUCCGGCUGUCUGACAGAAGGCACCACUAAGUCAGAGAACCCCAGGAGUUAAGGUUUAUCUUGAUCAUCUGCAACCAUGAAAUUCUCCCUCGUUGCCGCUUUUGUCGUUUUGGCUGUUGCCUAUGGCACCGAGGCCGGGUCAGUGGUGAAGCGUGACGCCCAGACCGAUUUGGAGAAGCUCACCCAGCUCAUCAAUGACAUGUCUGCCAGCAUCAAUAGCGCCACUCAGGACAUGGUGGAGAAGGUGAAGGCUCUGGAGGUGACCAACACUGCCCAGACUUACAUUGACGACAGCAGGGCUCAGAUCCAGCCUCUGGUUGACAAGGUCCAGGCCGAGGCUGCCAAGCUCCAGGAGCAGGUCAAACCCUACAUUGCCAACAUUGAGGAUCACAUCAAGCCUCUGACUGACAACUUCCAGGCCCAGGUCAAGCCUCUGACUGACAACUUCCAGGCCCAGGUCCAGCCUCUGACCGACAUCAUGGAGAAGUUCUUCCAGCAGGUGAUGGACCAGACCAAGGCCCUGCUCCCUCCCCCCCAGUAAAGCUUGAUGUUGGUUCAUUCCAGCUGCAAUAACACUCCUGUUUUGGGUCUGUCCAAAAUGCCUAGCUGGUGUUUGUGCGUCUCCAUGUUAUCUGAGAUGUGAUGGCUGAAUGUUAUCAAUAAAGGUUUUGAAAGU